AUGCAUAGCAAGGUUGUCAUCAUUGGCUCCGGCCCUGCAGCGCAUACAGCCGCUGUAUACCUUGCUCGAGCAGAGUUGAAGCCCGUUCUCUACGAAGGUUUCCUCGCAAACGGUAUCGCAGCAGGGGGUCAAUUGACAACAACGACGGACGUAGAGAACUAUCCUGGCUUCCCCGACGGAAUUGGAGGCGCCGAGUUGAUGGAUGCCAUGCGCAAACAAUCCGAGAAGUUCGGCACCCAAAUCAUCACCGAGACCGUCGCAAAGGUAGACCUCUCGCAACGCCCUUUUAAGUACUGGAACGAAUAUGCCGAGGACCAAGAACCAAAUACCGCAGACGCUAUCAUCAUUGCGACUGGCGCCUCAGCACGAAGACUGGGUCUCGAAGGAGAGGAAAAAUACUGGCAGAAUGGAAUCUCAGCCUGCGCUGUCUGCGAUGGUGCGGUCCCAAUUUUCAGAAAUAAGCCUUUGGUUGUCAUCGGUGGUGGAGAUUCCGCUGCCGAAGAGGCCAUGUUCUUGACGAAGUACGGAUCCCACGUUACGGUUUUGGUCAGGAAGGAUUACUUGCGGGCAUCAAAGACAAUGGCCAAGAGGUUACUGGCCAACAAGAAGGUUACUGUUCGGUUCAACAGCGAGGGUGCAGAGAUCAAGGGUGACGAUCGGGGUUUGAUGAGCCAUAUGGUGAUCAAGGACUCGAAGACCGGAAAGCUGGAGACUGUUGAGGCGAAUGGUCUGUUCUACGCUGUGGGACAUGAUCCUGCUACUGCUCUUUUCAAGGGCCAGGUUACUACAGAUGAGGAGGGUUAUAUUAUCACAAAGCCAGGAACAAGUUACACCAACAUCGAAGGUGUAUUCGCUGCUGGUGAUGUGCAGGACAAGAGAUACAGACAAGCUAUCACCAGUGCUGGAUCUGGAUGCAUAGCCGCCCUCGAGGCCGAGAAGUACCUCGCUGAAAAAGAAGAUGCCAACCCUCUCGAGUCUGAGACAGCCGAGAAAGGCAACUCGGUCGUUGUCCCCGAAUACAGGAACAAUCCUUUACUUUAG